AUGACGGCUGCGCUCCUGCGUCGGGAGGCGCCGCUCCUUCAGCAGCCUCCUUCUGUAUGCUGCUGCCCCCCAUCAUCAUCAGCUACCCAGCAGCAGCAGCAGCAGCAGCAGCAGCAACAGCAGCAGCAGCAGCAGCAGCAGCAUGGGCCCCCCGGGGCCCCACAGCUAGAGGCCCAGCGUGCUGCAGCUGUUGCUGUCUCCUUGGGGAUCGCCCAAUCCCUGCGAGCAGCCCUCGCCCCCACAGAGCAGCAGCUGUCUCCUCUCUUUAUGCAGGGGGUCCCGGGGGGCCCCCCUGGGGGCCCCCAUGGGGGCCCCCCUGGGGGGCCCCUAGGGGGCCCCCUUGGGGGCCCCUUAGGCGGCUGGAAGGAACAGCUUAAGACCCCCUGCGACUUGAGCAGCAGCAGCAGCAGCAGCAGCAGCAGCAGCAAUCAGGUUUCUGGUGCUGCUGCAGUUGCUGCUGGUGGUUCUGCAGCAGCAGCAGCAGGAGGAAGCAGCUGCAGCUCAGGUGUAUCUUCUUUGGGUUGUUUAUAUGAUGGAGAUAUAGAUGCAGCAGCAGCAGCAGGUUGCUGCUGCUGGUGCUGCUGCUGCUUUCCUCGACUGUCUGUGCCCGCGGUGUCUCCCCAAACCAUCUCUCUUCUCUUUCGCAUGCAGCGCCACAACUACCAGAUUGCAGGUAACGCAUGCAGCAGCAGCAGCAGCAGCAGCAGCAGCAGCGGGAACAGCAGCAGCAGCAGCAGCAGGAACGCAGCAGCUGCAAACGAAGCGGCAGCAGUACUAGUGGAAGCAGCAGCAGCAGCAGCAGCAGCAGCAGCAGCAGUUUUAGUAAUAGUAGACGCAGCAGCAGCAGCCGAAACAGCAGCAGCAUCAGCAGCAGCAGCAGCAGCAGCAGCAGGAACAGCAGCAGCAUCAGCAGCAGCAAUGCAUGCAGGGAGGUCGAACGACUCAGACACUGAUGGCUCUGUCUUUGGGUUACCAGCUGGGGGCCUUCACCGCCCCUUCUCUGGUUGUGGUGUCUGGGGGCCCCUGCAGCGACUACAGCAGCAGCAGCAGCAGCAGCAGCAGCAGCAGCAGCAGCAGCAGCAGCAGCAGCAGAACAGCAGACUUGCUGCAGAUGCGGCGGUGGGGGGAGCGGUACUGCUGCAGCAGGAAGAAACAGCAGCAGCAGCAGCAACAGCAGCAGCAACUGCAGCAACGAAAACAGGUCUAACUGCUGCAGCAGCAGCAGGUCCUAGCUGCUGCUACUUGCAUGCAUCUGCUGCUAGUGAAGCCGAUCCCGCUUCAUCAUCAUCAUCUGCAGCAGCAGCAGCAGCAGCAGCAGCAACAGAAACAGCAGCAGCAGCAGCAGCAGCAGAUGGUCCUGUCUGCAAUGGGUCUAGGGGCCCCCUGUAUAUAACAACUUUUGCUGCUCUCUCGGGGGGCCCCUCUUCUCCGCUGCUGCAGCAGCUGAGGAGACAGCACCCUUCUCUGUCUCUUCUUAUUGUGGAUUCUCGCUGCCGCCGGCAGUGCGCCUGGCUGCAGCAGCAGCAGCAGCAGCGGCAGCAGCAGCAGGUGGAGGAGGAGGAGGAAGAGCAGCAGCAGCAGCAGCAGCAGCAGCAGCAGCAGGAAAGGGGCUCCAGCUGCUGCAGCGCGCUGCACUCAGCUGCUUCUGUUUCUUAUGCUGUUAUGGCAGCAGCAGAUUGCUGCUGGGCCUCAAAGACAAAAGGAGACAGUUGCUGCAGCAGCGGAAAGGAGACAGGGGAAAAGGAGACAGCUGCUGCAGCAACGGAGACAGCAGCAACAAAGGAGACAGCUGCAGCAACGAGAGGGGGGUCUCUAAGGAAACUGAUCCUAACAGACUACCCUGUGUUUAACCACUACUGCUGCCUGCGGCUGCUGCUGCCGCACCUGCUGCCUUCUGUCUUUCCUUCUGCUGCUGCUGUCGACUCUCUCGCUCUUACGCAGCCACCAGCAGCAGCAGCAGCAGCAGCAGCAGCAGCAGCAGCAGCAGGAACAGCAGCAGCAGCAGCAGCAGCAGCAGCAGCAGGAGAGGGGGCUUUGUGGUUUGCUCGUCGCUGUGCCUUUUCUCUUAUAUUGAGGAGACAGCGGGGUGAGUUGCUGCUGCAGGAGCUGCAGCAGCCGCAGCGGCUGCUGCAUGCGUUGCCUCUGUCUGCUGCUCAGCUGCAGCAGUAUUCAGAUAUAGAAGCAACCUGCGCCCAAGACCUUCUUGCUGCUGCUACUCCAGCAGCAGCAGCAGCAGCAGCAGCAGCAGCAGCAACAGGUGCAGCAGCAGCAGCAGCAGCAACAGCAACUGCAACAAAAAACGUAGAAGCUAUCACCGAUGCUGCUGUCGAAGCAAUGAGGCUUGCAUGCGUACACCCCGCUCUCGUGGCUCCAUGCAUGAGCAGCAGCAGCAGCAGCAGCAGCAGCAACAGCAGCAGCAGCAGCAGCAGCGGAGAUGCGGCUGAGGCAACGGAAGGAGUAGCUUCUCUUCUCUCUCCUGCUCUAAUUGAGCGGCUAGUGGAGACCCUGGCGGUGACCCUGCCCGGGGGGGGGUGUCUCCUCCCCGCGAGCAGCAGAGAGAGAAAGGAGACAAUAAAAAAACGCAUGCAGCAGUGGAGACAGUGGGAAGCAAUACACCUCGCUCUUAUGCUUGGCCUGCUGCAGCAGCAGCAAGUGCAGCAGCACAUGCUCAGCUGCAGCAGCAAACUCACGUGGCUGUGGGAGCACCUACAGUCUCUGCAGCAAACAGCAGCAGCAGCAGCAGCAGCAGCAGCAGCAGCAGCAGCAGGAUCAGAGGAGAAGGCUCACCUGGAUCGUGUGUUGCUGAUAGAAGACAUGGAGCUGCUGCUGCAGCUGCCGCCGCAUGCAUUUUUGGGGCUGCAGCAAGUCGUGUGGCUGGCGCCGCCUCUCAGCAGCAAGCGUCUGUCUGCAGCAGCAGCAGCAGCAGCAGCAGGAACAGCAGCAGCAACAGCAGCAGCAGCAGCAGCAGCAGCAGAGGAGACAGCUGCGAAGUGUCUCCUGUCUCCUCCUCUGCCGCAGGGCUGUGCUGCUCUCGUCAAUGCUGUUGAGCAGCGGCUCAUGUCUGUUGGCAGCUCUUCGCCCCUGACAGUGCACUACCUGAUCUGCUCGCGGACCUAUGAGGAAUUCCACCUGCGGCCAGAGAUAGUUGAUCUGUUCCUGAGCCCUCUGUUGAUGAUAGCAGCAGCAGCAGCAGCUGCUGCAGCAGCAGCAGCAGCAGCAACAGCAGCAGCAGCAGCAAGCGUUGAGGCCUACACGCUGCGCGCUGUCUCUGCAGCUGCUACCCCCAACACGUAG